AUGCUCGACUCUGUCACCGGAAAAAUCAUCUUGAGACCUCCAAUGCUCCUCCAGUAUAUCAGGAAUAGAAGUCUCAAGGAACACCAGGUGGGGGUCGGUGGAGCCGGGUGGUGGUUUCGUUGGCCUGGUCCAGGGCUUAGGCUGACUCCCUGUGGAUUCAGGCUGACAGCCGAAGUUGCUCUUAGGGGAUCUAACAGGGUGUGUUUCACCAUGUCGGUGUGGAUCAAACCUGGAUAUUAUGACCACGAGUAUCGCCACAAAGAGAGCAAAUAUGUGGUUAAGGAGUACAGCAGCUCUAAGACGAUGGAGGACAGAUAUGAGUACAAAACGCAAGCUUGCAUCCAAGAAGUGGUGAGGUCGAAGAUGUUGGACAAGUAUGUGCGUGAGGAGCCCAUGAUCAGAGGUCCACACUUCCUGGUUCGCCUCAGAUCCCACACAGUGUUCGAAAACACCCCCAUUAAAAUCUUCUGCACUGUUGAGGGCUACCCCACUCCAAUUGUAAAAUGGUACAGAGAUGGAGUCACUCUGGACAUGUCCUCUGGGAAUUACUUGGUCAAGUCCAAAGGUGGAGUGCAUUCAUUGGAAAUCCCAAGAUGUUCAACUGAGGACACAGCCCAGUUCACUGCGGUGGCCGGCAAUCUCCAUGGACAGGCCUCCACACAGGCAACAGUCGUCGUCAAAAGGUACAAACAAGAGGAGGAGAGCUGCCCUUAUGGAUGGAUACCCUUCACUGCUUCCAUGCUUCCAAAGAUCACCUUCACUAAGAUCAAUAUUACAUUUCUGAAGGCAUUUGGUCCAAUUUUUGCUACUGAAGGGGAGUCUGCUUCUCUGACGGCCACAAUGACGCUCAGUCCCAACCUUGCCAACCUGCAACCUGAGGCUCAGUGGUACAGAGAUGACGUUCGCCUGACUGAUUCUAAAUGGGUGAAGAUUGAGACUGGCAGAGGAGUGACCACUUUAACCCUCCCUGACCUGUAUAAAGAUGACGAGGGCCUCUACACCCUGCGUAUGGUGACAAGAGGAGGAUGUGCAGAACAUAGUGCUUUUGUCUCUGUAUCAGAUGGGCCUCCACCUGUGCCCAAUGCCCCUGGAGCUCCUAUGGACAUCAAGAUUCAUGAUGCAAACAGAGACUAUGUGAUUGUGUCUUGGAAACCACCAAACACCACAACCGAGGGUCCAAUCAUAGGAUACUUUGUUGAUAAAUGUGAAGUUGGAACAGAAAACUGGACGCAGUGUAAUGAUCACCCCAUCAAGAUUUGUAAAUACCCAGUGUCGGGGUUGUUUGAGGGACACUCUUAUUACUUCCGAGUACGUGCAGUGAACUCCCACGGCAUCAGCAAAGCAUCACGCAUGUCCGAGCCCAUCGCCGCCCUGGACCCCACCGAAUUCGAAAGGCUUCACACUAAAAAACUGGGUGGAAAUCUGCAAGUCGUGUCUUGCCAUGAUGACCAUGAAGCGGAGGGUUCUCCACCAGGCACGCCAACAGGGAUCUAUGCCUCUGAAACUGACAGGACCUAUGUCGUCCUGAGCUGGAAGGCCCCUCCAUACUUUGGCAAAGCUCCCAUGUGGUACCACAUAGAGAAGUCCAUGGUAGGCAGUGGUGCUUGGCAACGUGUAAACACUCAGGUGCCCAUUCGCUCUCCACGGUAUGCAGUCUUCGACCUUUCAGAGGGAAAAGAAUAUCAAUUCAGAGUUUUGGCUGCCAAUAUGUAUGGCACUAGUGAGCCAUCAGAGCCAUCCAAACCUGUGGAGACUCAGGAACUCAAAGGUGUGCCAUCUGCUCCUGGGCAGGUGGUCGCGACUAGAGAGACCGACACUUCUUUGCUUAUCCAGUGGGCCCCUCCUAAGGAACCCAACAACCUGAUUGGCUACUACAUUGACCAGUGUGUAAAAGGCUCUAAAGACUGGACCUCCGCCAACCACAAACCACACAGGAGCUCUAAAUUUGUGGUGAGUGGACUGACGACUGGAGAGACCUAUGUUUUCCGUGUCCAAGCCAUCAAUGAGCUGGGUCUGAGCGAUGAGUCCCAGGAGUCUUCUCCGCUUAUGGUCAAGGCCGCCCUGACCCAUCCCUCUGCUCCCUAUGACAUUGCUCUGUUGAAUUGUGAUGGCACCUCAAUGGUCCUGAAUUGGAAGAAGCCCCUUCACUCUGGAGGAUCAAAAGUAAAGGAUUAUUAUGUGGAUAAGAGACGCAGUGGAGAAAGUGUCUGGAGGGAGGUUCAUAUCCCUCCUGUAACAGAAAGAGUUUACACGGUGGAGGGCUUGACCACAGGAGCCGUCUAUCAGUUCCAGGUGUAUGCUGCCAGUCUUGCGGGACUCGGACCAGCAUCAAAACAUUCAGCCGAUUUCUCCUGCGAUGCUUGGACAAUGCCCGAACCUGGUCCUGCAUAUGAUCUAACUUUCUGUGAAGUCCGAGAUAAUUCUGUUGUGGUUGAGUGGAAGAAACCUUUGUAUACUGGUUCUGGACCAAUCACUGGCUAUCAUGUUGAGUUUGCCAAGAUCGGCUCUUCUAACUGGACCACAGCAAAUGAGACAGCUGUCACUCACCGCUUCUACAAGGUAACAGGCUUGGAGGCUGGUGCCAAAUAUAUGUUCAGAAUCCGAGCUGUGAAUGCUGCUGGAAAGGGAAUGGCUUCAAUGCCCUCCGACCCUGUGACUGCCAAGGCUGUGGAAGGUUGCCAGGAGGUGUCCUGUGCAGUGGAUGAGAAAACUGGAGACAUUGUUUUGUCUUUUGAGUCCUGCCAAAUGAAGGAUGGCUCCCAGUUUACCUGGAAGAAGGAUUAUAAAGAGAUUACGGACUUCUCCAAAGGACUUGUAAUAAGGACUGAGGGCAACCAAUCGAAACUGGUCUUUACCAACGCAGACAAAGAGGACGCUGGCACAUACUCUGUCAGUGUCACCAACACUGAGGGAGUUUCUUCCAGCUAUUCUGUUUCUGCUGAAGAGCUGGCCAAGAUGCUGGCACUGAGUUACGAUAUCAGACACCCAAUCAUCCCGCUGAAGACUGAGCUGGACUACAAGAUUCUGGAGAGAGGCCGAAUGAGGUUUUGGCUGCAAGCUGAGGAGAUUUCACCUCAAGUCACCUACAAAUUCUUUGCUAAUAACAAGGAACUGUCUGGAGCCAGUCCGAACAAGAUGGGUCAUGAUGCCGCCACUGGUGUCAUCGAGUUCAUCAUGGACCAUUUCACUGAGGAGAAUGAAGGCACAUUCACCUGUCAGAUCACAGACGGCGGCGGAAAAGCACAGAGCUCCCUGGUGCUGAUUGGGGAUGCUUUCAAGGCGGCGUUGGCUGAGGCGGACUACCAAAGAAGAGAGUACAUCAGAGUAAAGGAGGGACCUCACUUCAGCGAGUUUCUGACGCUGCAGGUUGGAGACGACUGCACCGUAACUCUGGUCUGCAAGGUGGCUAAUCUGAAGAAGGAAUCUGAGUUCCACUGGUACAAAGAAGACACAGAGAUUAUCCCUGAUGUCAAACCCGAUCUGGGAUCAGGUGUUUGCAAACUCCCCAUCAAACUGUUUUCCCUGAAGACAAACGGCAUUUACAAAGCCACCAUCAGCGACGACAGAGGGAAAGACAUGAGUCAAAUCGAUGUCUCCGGAAAAGUGUUUGAGGAUGCCAUAAACAAGAUCAGCCAGCUGGCGGGAGCCACCGCUGCAGAGCUGGUGAUUAACUGCACGGCAACAGGUAUCCAGCUGCAAUGUCAUAUGAAGUACUUCACCUCCGAGAUGAACAUCAUGUGGUACCACGGAGAGACGAAACUCACCCACAAUGACAAGUGUGUGAUUGGAGGAACCCCUGCUAUGGCAACAAUGGAGGUGAUUGAGCCAUUUGACAAGGACAAGGGAAUGUACUCUAUUGUGAUUGUGGACCCUGAAACUUCCCACAAGAGAAGCCUGGACUUGAGCGGUGAAGCUUAUGAGAAAGCUUAUGCCGAGUUCCAGAAACUCAAAGCUGAGGCCUAUGCUGAGAAGAACCGUGGUAAAGUGGUGGGAGGACUGCCAGAUGUGGUUACAAUCAUGGAAAAGAAGACUCUGAGUUUAACAUGUACAGUGUGCGGUGACCCUAAGCCUCAGGUGUCAUGGCUGAAGAACGGAGCGGAUGUGGAGCCCGAUGAUCAGUAUGUGGUCUCCAUAGACCAGGGGAAGUUUGCCAGCCUGACCAUCAAAGGUGUCUCCAUGGAGGACUCUGGCAGAUACACCAUGAUUGUCCAGAACAAAUAUGGAGGAGAAUCAGUGGAUAUAGUGGUCAGUGUGUAUCGUCACGGUGAGAAGAUCCCCGAAGCCAAACCUACUUUGACUCCCAAGACCCUGAUCGCUCCUAAACAGCCCAUUGAGAUCCCUCAGCCUAAAGCCCCCACCCCUAGCCCCGCCCCUAGCCCCUCCCCUGCUGCAUCCAGUCCCACGCCCAAGGCAGCGGGCAGAGGAGUGAAGAGCCCAACUCCCACCAGAAGGAAGUAG